CUGCGUUCUGAGCGGACGCGCCAUCCCGCCGUCCUUAUGCGCGUUUGCAUCCAUUAAAUCCAAGCAAAAGUCACUGAAAAAAAAAACCUUCUCUCCGUCAUCACUGCGUUUCCCCGUGUCUUUCCCGUCAAAGCUCUGCACGGUCACCGUGCAAAGACUUGCAGAAGGACCAUGGCGCACUAUGGGUUUAUUUUAACGUCUUUUCUCUUUUGUGCGGCGUGGUCAGGACUGAUGGCUGAUGACAAAAAUAAGUUCAGAGAAUGCCCUGUGGACCUGUUCUUCGUGUUGGACACAUCAGAGAGCGUGGCACUCCGAGGAGUCGCACACUAUUAUUUCAACAAGAUCAAAGAAUUUGCCACGCACUUCAUCGAUGAACUGAAGGAUACUCGCCAGCCAUGUGACCGCUAUAUAACAUGGAAUUCUGGAGCUUUGCACUACAGUGACGAGGUGGAAGUGGUGAAAGGCCUGUUGGAAAUGACGCCUGGUGGUAAAAGUGCACUUAAAAAAGCCAUAGAUAACAUUAAAUAUAUCGGCAAGGGGACAUACACCGACUGCGCCAUUAAAAAGGGUGUUGCAGAGCUGCAUAUAGGUGGCUCUUACUAUAAUGAGAAUAAGUACAUUGUGGUUGUAACUGAUGGUCAUCCUAUCAGCGGUUAUAAAGAGCCAUGUGGAGGGAUUCAGGAAGCAGCAAGCGAGGCCAGGCAACAUGGCAUCAAAGUGUUUUCUGUAGCCAUCUCCCCAGACCAGGAGGAAUCCAGAUUGUCUGUCAUUGCCACAGACUUUACUUACAGGCAGAACUUCACCGCUGUGGACAACACCAGUGACCUACACAUGCACACCAUUCGCACUAUCGUCGAAAUGAUCACCAAUGAAACAAAGGAUGUGUGUUGCUCUUUUGACUGCACAGCAGCCAGCGGUGAUCCUGGUCCACCUGGUGAAGCAGGGUACAAGGGGGAGCCUGGUAGACAAGGGCUACCAGGAGAGAAAGGAGAAGCUGGACUACCGGGACGGCCCGGUGACCCUGGACCAGUUGGUUACCAAGGCAUGAAGGGAGACCAAGGAGAAAGAGGACAUAAGGGAGAAAGAGGUCACAAGGGCUUCAAGGGUGACAAAGGAUUUCCUGGAAGAGAUGGAAUUGAUGGGCGUAAGGGUGAGCCAGGGUUUGAUGGUCUACAAGGUUGUAAAGGGUCGCCAGGACAGGAUGGUUCACCAGGAGAACCAGGCCCAAAAGGAGAUCCUGGUCCUUAUGGACAAAAAGGAGCAAAAGGAGAGACUGGAGCAGACGGUGGAGCAGGAAGACCUGGUAACUAUGGAGCCCUCGGACCUAAGGGUGACAGAGGACCAAGAGGAGCUGAUGGGGAUAAAGGAGAAAGAGGGGAUGAUGGACCACAAGGACCCGACGGCCCGAGAGGCGAUAGAGGUAUAGCAGGUGAGAAAGGUGAACAAGGUGCUCGUGGGAACAGAGGACCCAGAGGAGAUAUUGGCGAGCCAGGUCCCCGGGGCGAGCCGGGACGUGAGGGAUCUGCUGGAGCUAACGGUGACCCAGGAGAGACAGGAAAACCCGGGCUUCCAGGUUACCGUGGAGAUGAGGGACCCCCAGGACAAGAAGGUCCCAAAGGACCCAGAGGAAUCAAAGGCGCCCCAGGAGACAGAGGCCGUAUGGGAGAGAGGGGAGAAGACGGACCACCAGGAAACGGAACAGAGGGUUGUAAUGGUUUCCAGGGAUAUCCUGGUGUCAGGGGCGAUGCCGGAGAGCCUGGAAGCAGAGGAACACCGGGACCCAAAGGGGAUGACGGUGAACCUGGUGAACCUGGUUUAGAUAACAAUGAACCAGGAGUGUCUGGGCCCAAAGGAGCAAAAGGACAUAGAGGACGUGAAGGAUUACCUGGACCUCCUGGACCUCCUGGGCCUCCUGGAGUUGAUGACUGUGAGAUCCUGGAUAUCAUCAUGAGGAUGUGCUCUUGUUGUGAGUGCAAGUGUGGACCCCUGAACAUCACCUUUAUUGUGGACAGCUCUGAGAGUAUCGGAGCUAACAACUUUGCUAUCGCUAAGGACUUCAUCGUAGCUGUCAUUGACCGACUGGUCAGAGAUCAGCAAGUCAGAUUUGGUUUGGAGGAGUCUCAUGUUGGUGUGGUGCAGUACAGUGGAGCAAAGGCUCAAGAGGUUGUGAAGCUUGGAGACCCCAAUAUCCGGGACAUAACAUCACUCAAGCAGGCUAUUAAAGAAUUGCGUUGGCUGGCUGAAGCUACCUACACUGGAGAGGCCCUCGAGUUUUCAUGGAACAACAUGAUCAACCAGCUGGGCACAAACCACUCGAACAGUGUAGUCCUGGUCCUGACUGAUGGCCGGUCAGAUACUACAAGAGAUGAUGUGCCUCUAAACGUACUGUGUGGCCGAGGGCUACAGGUUGUCGGUGUAGGUGUUCUGGACUACUCGGGUAAACAGCCCAACAGCGAUCAGGUGGGGGACGUGAGCUGUUCAAGUGAUCCAGGCAAACCAGGCAUCUCCUUUGUCCUUAACAACUUCGGCAUGCUUUUGGAUGAUACAUUCCUCAAAAACUUGACCGACAACAUGUGCAAAGACAAGAAGUGUCCCACUUACACUUGUCCAAUUUCCUUUAAGGAGUCGACAGAUAUCCUGAUUAUGAUGGAUAGCUCAGCUAGCGUGGGCGCCAAAAACUUUGAGUUGACCCAGAACUUCACAGAUAAGCUGGUAAAGCGCUUCCUGACCGCAGAUAAAGCAAGAAACAUCCAAGUCCGGGUUGCCGUUGGGCAGUACAGUGACACGGCUAAGAUAGAAGCAAGCUUUUCUAGCAAUUACACCGUCAUGGCUGCUCAGAUUGCAGAGGCCAAGUUUCAGAAUACCGGCACACAGGUAACAGAGGCACUCAGUUUUGCCAUUAACCAGUUCAAGGGACCCCGGCUCAGGAAGAAGAAGCUGCUGCUGUUUUCUGACGGGCGCUCACAAGGCAUGAACACGAAGCAAUUAGAAGAUGCGAUCGCAGAACUGAACAGACAAGGCAUCGAGCUUUUUGUUCUGGCCGUUGAGAAUCAGCUGAAUCAAUACAACCUGCAUAUCUUGGCAAGUCGUGGACGGCCCGAUGACAACAUCUACGCUUCCCGCCAUCUAAUUAGGGCUCCUGACUAUCAGUCCAUGGUUAGGGGAGUCUUUUACCAAACUGUGUCCCGGAAGAUGUCACUGGAUUGAGUAGGAAGGUCAUGUCUUGUCUUCUGAGUAAGCAGAAGCUGAUAGGGAAGUCAAAGGGUGGAUAAGCAACAAGUACAUAGGGGUGGGGGGAAUUGAGCACAAGUACCUUUUUUCCAUUAAAUUGUGAUCCAUAUUUCAAUGUACAUCAUGUAUGGUUUCUCUGAGUUAUAUAUGUCAUUUGUAUGGCUUUGGAAGCGGGAUUAAGAAAGGGAGUAGUCAUCUUUUAACAGCAUAUGCGUUUCCCAGAUACCGUUCAUAUAGAUCAGAUUUGUUUUUGAAAACUUUUGUUUAUAGGACAAAAAAUGUUAAAUAUUCUUUCUUCAAAUCAUCAUCAUCAUCAUCAUCAUCAUCAUCUUUUUCUUUAAAUAUGCGUGCUCAGAUCGUCUUUCUGUAGCCUGAAUAAAUCGAUUCCUUUUUGUAUCUCCUCUUUUGUAUUUCAUAAAAAUCACUUGAAUGUAAAUUUGGUGCUAAUAAUGUACACUCAGUUUCAAAUAAAUGCAAAAUAGAUUUUAAAUUUGUCAUAGUGCCUUAAAACAAAGAUUUGUCAUAGUGUUUUUAAACGAAUGUUUUUAUCACUGGGAACGUGUACAAUUUUCUAUGAUAAAAAAUGUAUUUUAAAUUAGUCAUGGCGAUUCUGUAAGAAGGUUUUUCAAUAAAGAAUACUUCACCCACUA